AUGUCCGCUCGGGAGUUUCAGGAAUUGGGUAGGCCUGAAGCGGGCGGGCGGGCUUUCGAGAAGAGAUACGGGGACGGGAUGAAUGAACUUGCGAGUCGGGCUGCGUUUGCUUGGCUCUUGGCUCGGAGGAUUCCGAUGGUGAGGGUGCUGCGAUACGUCCCAGACCGGGCGGACAAAUGCACGCAAAAGCAUGGAUGGGUAUCUCGACUAGCAGUCGCGUGGGGUGGGACUAUACUAGGCAAACCAACCCGACUUGCCUAUCAGCAGCCGACAGAAGUCCCGAGUCAUUCUACGGUAGAUAAUAACCCCCGGGGAACCACACUAUCGGGCCCCGGUUCAUGCCACGGGGCAAGCUACGAUGGUGAUCGACUGAGGAAACACAAGGGCGGAGUGGACGAUGAGCCCAUCACCGGAGCUAAAAUCGUCAACGGUCACGGGAGCGCGCCAAUCAUGAGUUUGCCUGUCGCCUGUUCGUUGCAGGGACCAAUGGCCAGACACCAUUACCUAACAUUUAUUGUCCUGCCAGCCCUAAUUCGACGUCUGCUGCAGAUGCACGGCCAUGAGUCCUGCCCGGGUCAUUCUUUCAAUACGGAGAACCAUGCCGAGACGACGGGAACGGAUGUUGUUGCCGCUGGUAUGCUGUUUCGGUUGGUGAUGGGCGGUGAUGCUUAUCCCGACGUUGGUCCUCUCCCUACUCUGGCCCCGAAUUUUCGGGAUCCCGGUGUUUCAUGCGCCCGUUCAAUGGCCCUACAUACUGACCGCUGUAUGCUGAUGAGGAAUCUGAGAGCCAAAGCACGUCAGCCAGCUAUACUUAGCUCAUUACCUCCCCGCACCCUCAUCAUGGUUAGACUACUGUUUCCCAGUGAUUGUAUCCAGCAGACCACACAGGUAGAGGGAACACGUACUGCUGUGUUGUUGUGGUUCAUAAAUUGA